AUGAUUCACGGACGUGAUCUCCGUUCGCUCACCGUCAAACGGACCAUUUGGACCUACACCGUGUCGGACGAUACUCGUCUCUCGCUAACAACCACGGCGCGCGCGCCUUCUCCUGCCGACUCCCUCGUGGAGGACGACUACUACACUGCUCCCCCACCGCACUCUCCGUCCGAAGCGUCUGCCUCAACCUCCUCCUUCGGACCUCCACCUUUCUCCUCGCUCUUCUUCGCCUUACCUUCAACCGAGCUCAAUCAGCCCAAAUAUUCCGAGUCUGGACCAGCUUCGCUCUCAGUUUUCGCGCCGCCACCACCAGUCGAGGAGCCCCUCGAGUCGGUCCCUUCGUCGUCGGUUGUCGCAGACACCAAAGCCUCCUUCUCAGAGCCAAAGAGCGACAGGCCUGGAAAAAGUACUGACGACGGGGAACCGCCGCCACCGUAUACCGAAGGUUACAGCCCACUCGAGUCAUUUACCUACGUAAUGGCUGCUGCGGGAGGUGCUUCUAGCAUCAUCACCCAGGUUCAGCAGACCGGAGGGCCACCUAUCAAUACACUCGGCGGUAUGAGUGCCUACUCCUGA